AUGGAGCGGGGAAGCCUGGCCCUGGGCUGCGUGGCCGCGGCCCUCCUGGUGCUGCAGAUGGCUGCGGCGGAGCGGCACCCCUGGGCCCUGGAAGGCAAGGCUGGCGUGUUCGCAGACCUGAGCGCCGCGGAGCUGAAGGCCGUGCACCGCUUCCUGAGGUCGCGGGAGGAGCUGCGGCUCCGGCCCGCCACGGCGCCCGCCAUGGCCAAGAACUCCGUGUUCCUCAUAGAGACGCUGCUCCCCAAGAAGAGACGCGUGCUGAAGUUCCUGGAUAAGGGCCAAAGACGUCCCGCCCGGGAAGCGCGGGUGGUCAUCUUCUUUGGAGGACAGGAGCACCCCAACAUCACCGAGUUUGCCGUGGGGCCCCUGCCGCGGCCCCGCUACAUGAGAACGCUGGCCCCUCCCCCCGGGCACCGGCCGUCCUGGGCGUCCAGGCCCAUCACCGCCGUGGAGGGCGACUUCCUCCACGACGCGGUGGAGGAGGCCACCAAGCCCCUGCACCGGUUCUUCCUGGACACCACGGGCUUCAGCUUCCACAACUGCAGCGACCGCUGCCUGACCUUCACCGACGUGGCCCCCCGCGGCCUGGCGUCCGGCCAGCGCCGCAGCUGGCUCAUCUUCCAGCGCGAUGUCGAAGGCUACUUCUUGCACCCCACGGGGCUGGAGCUCCUGGUGGAUCAUGGGAGUCUGAACCCCAAGCACUGGACGGUGGAGCAGCUCUGGUACAAUGGCAAGUUCUACCGGAGCCCCGCGGAGCUGGCGCGGAAGUACGCCGACGGGGAGGUGGACAAGGCGAUCCUGGAGGACCCGGGGCCCGCGGGCCAGGCCUCCUCGUACACGCCCCGCGGGGACUUCCCCACGCCCACCCUCACGGCCGGCCCGCGGCUGGUCCAGCCCCACGGCCCCCGCUACGCGCUGGAGGGCAACGCGGUGCUGUACAUGGGCUGGAGCUUCGCCUUCCGGCUGCGCUCCUCCUCCGGGCUGCAGGUCCUGAACGUGCACUUCGGCGGGGAGCGCGUGGCCUACGAGGUGAGCGUGCAGGAGGCCGCGGCGCUCUACAGCGGCCACACGCCCGCGGGCGCGCAGACCAAGUACGUCGACUCGGGCUGGGGCCUGGGCACCGUCACCCACGAGCUGGUCCCGGGCGUCGACUGCCCGCACACGGCCACCUUCCGGGACGCCCUCCACUACUACGACGCCGACGGGCCGGUCCUCUACCCCAGGGCCCUCUGCCUCUUCGAGAUGCCCACCGGGGUGCCCCUCCGGCGGCACUUUGACUCCGACUUCAGCGGGGGCUUCAACUUCUACGGGGGCCUGGCGGGCCAGGUGCUGGUGCUGCGCACCACCUCGACGGUCUACAACUACGACUACCUCUGGGACUUCGUCUUCCACCCUAACGGGGUGAUGGAGGCCAAGAUGCACGCGACGGGCUACGUGCACGCCACCUUCUACAGGCCCGAGGGGCUGCGCUACGGCACUCGCCUGCACACGCACCUGUUCGGCAACAUGCACACCCACUUGGUGCACUACAAGGUGGACCUGGAUGUGGCAGGCACCAAGAACAGCUUCCAGACGCUGGAGAUGAAGCUGGAGAACACCAGCAACCCCUGGAGCCCGGGACACCGCCUGGUGCAGCCGUUCCUGAGGCGGACGCAGUACGGGAGCGAGCGCCAGGCCGCCUUCCGCCAUGGACAGGCCCUGCCCCGGCACCUGCUCUUCACCAGCCCCCGGAGGAACGCCUGGGGCCACCGGCGCAGCUACCGCCUGCAGAUCCACUCGGCCGCCGAGCAGGUGCUGCCGCCCGGCUGGCAGGAGGAGCGGGCUGUCACCUGGGCCAGGUACCCCCUGGCGGUGACCAAGUUCCGGGACUCGGAGCAGAGCAGCAGCAGCAUCUACAACCAGAACGACCCCUGGGACCCCCCCGUGGUCUUCGAGGAGUUUCUCCAGAACAACGAGAGCAUCGAAAAUGAGGACCUGGUGGCCUGGGUGACGCUGGGCUUCCUGCACAUCCCGCACUCGGAGGACGUCCCCAACACCGCCACCCCCGGGAACAGCGUGGGCUUCCUGCUCCGGCCCUUCAACUUCUUCCCGGAGGACCCCUCCCUGGCAUCCAGGGACGCCGUGAUCGUGGGCCCCCGGGACCCGGGCCCCCCCUUGGUCCAGCGGUGGCUCCCCGAGGACCAGGACUGCCUGGCGCCUCCCCCUUUCCGCUUCAAUGGGACCUACAAGCCUGUUUGAGGGG